AUGAAAAAAGAACUUGAGAUACCUCGGUCUUUAGGCAGAAUAAUGCCUGGAGUAAUUAUAUAAAAGGCGAUUGAGUUUCAGUCAAUAAUCACAGUCACUCACAACCACUUCACUUGCUUUACGUAAGGAUACCAAACUAUCAAUUCAACAUGUUCAAAUUGUUCGCUCUCGUUGUUUUGGCUCUCGUCAGCUUCGUUGCUGCUAAGCCCUAUGGAGUCGCAGUCUCCUACACUGCUCCGGCAGCCGCAGCCUAUGUAGCAGCACCAGCAGCUUACUCAGCAUAUACUGCACCACUUGCCUACUCAGCUCCUUACUCGGCAGCAUAUGUUAGUCCUUAUGCUGCUUCCUACACCGCUCCGCUUGUAUUGUAAGGAAUUCACCAGAUAAAUGGAUAUCAUCUUCAUCGUUAUAAAGUGCAAUAUCAUUAGAACAUGUGACAAUAUUGUUGGAAAUAAAAAAAUGCUAGCAUGAAAAAA